AUGCAGGAUCUGGAUUACGAAAAACUAUCUGAGGCCCGUGAAGAGCCUUUUGUUGAUGAUUACCAACCCCAGAACGGUGAUAGCGACAACGAGAUCUAUUCAGACUCUGAACCUGAUGCUAGUGAUGAUUUUUCCAACAUUCACCGAGCCGAAAGAUUUCUGCAUCAAGGAUCAGCAUUUCGCAAUCUCGUGCUAGGUAUCAGGCUGUUAAUACUGCCGCAUCGUCUACGCCAGAUAAUUGAGACUACGCCUAAGAAUUCAGUAGCACUAAUCUCAUACAACGACAUUGGUUGGAUCAACAACAUAAAAUCUCGUCUGGAAACAUACACUGGACAACCAUCCACCGAAGUGUCAUUGCUGUGUGACAAAACUACCAAGGGCACCCCGCGUGACGUUAGGAAGCAUUUUCAGACCGGUAUUGGACUUGUUAGAAAACAACAAGCAAAGAAGCGCCGUAUCCGGAAGCUCCUCUUCAAGGGCAGCUAUGGCUUACACGCCAACAUUCAACAAUACAUCAGGAGCCUCAUCUUCCAACGUAUUGUCUAA